AUGAGCGUUGAAAUGGACCAAGCAGCAGACGCUAUACUGCAGGCUGCCCGCGAGUCGGCUUCCUUGGACGAACUGAGCGAUGUCGAGGUCGACGUGGACGGAGACGGAUCAAGCAGCCUGAGCGACAUUGAAGACAAAGAUCCCGAACAGGAUGAGGACGCAGAGGCAUCCGAAGAUCUCAGCAACCUUUCCGACGAGGAGAACGAUUCCGAGGCAGAAACAGAACGCCUCGAAGAAUCGCCGAACAAAUUUCGACCUCAGCAAGAUGUUAUUUUGAGCUCGCACAGCAACAAUCAAAUCUACGACCGAAGCCCAAGCAAGCUUCACAACCAAAUAAUACCCAACCACCAAGAUGACGAGGAGGACGACGAUCCAUUGUCCGACGACGAUAUUUCCAUCAACGAAUCCCCCGAAUCGCCCAAAAGCUCCCCUCAUGAUGACCCCGAACCCGAACCUCCGACCGCGCCCACAUCCUUGGAAGACUCUUCUGGAGAUAACAAGAAGCUGCUAUCCGUUAUCGAAGCAGAUACAAGAAAGCGCAAACGGUCAAUCAUGGCGGGCAGUGGGUUCGACGAAGAUCUUGGAGAACCUUUGCGCAAGCGAACUGGCUCCGUCAUGACCCCCGCAGACGAGGACGCGAUUGAGGACGAUAUCAAUCACGACGAGGAAGUAGACACGUCGAAUCCGAUCAGCGGAAAUAUAUCUGGUGACGAAGGUGGGGCAGCUCACGAAGACGACCCCCCAGAAGAAGUUGAAGAACCCGUCGCAAAUGACGAAAACGCCGCCGAAACACCUGAUAUUCCCGUAUCGCCAAUGAAGAGAGGCCGUAAGAAGAAAAAGAGUAUCGCGAACGGCGUAGACAUUCAUGACAGGGAUCCAGAUGCCGCCGCUGGCGAGACUGCCGUCAAUGGAGAGGACGAGGUUAGAAAUGGCGAGGAAGACAAUGCAGACAACGAGGGCGAUGAUGAGGCAGAAGCUGCUUUGAAGAAUGAAGAAGAGCUUGAGAAGAAGAGAAUUGCGCUGGAGCAAUUGAGCGCCAUAGAGAAGCAGUUUUCAACAUUCAGAGACAGGCUCUAUGAGGAACGACUCGAGUCAUUGAACCGCGAAGAAGCUAUGCUUCGAGAAGAAAACCCUACACACCCCGAAUAUCUCGCAAUGAUGCAAUGUAUCGAGGCACGGAGAGAAGAGAGAAUCCGGAUAGCUAAAAAGAUACGCGAGUAUGAGAUGCAAGCCUUGAAGAAUUUCGCUGUGGCGCGAAGAAGCCAAAUACUUGUCCAAUUUCAACAAGAAGUGCGGGACAUCCGGGAAAAGAAUCUUGAACAGCUUGGAAAACAGUGGUAUGAGAUACAACACGACCGGAGGAGCUACGCAGGCAGUGUUCCAGACUAUGCGUUGAAGUUCCCAACGCGACGGUCGCAGCAAAUACAGAACCAGGUCGCAUACAGCCACGAAGUUUCAAUCCUUUCUGGCAUUGCCAAGUACGUCGGAUUUCCAGCAGCUCCACCAAUGGCCCAGGCGACAGCCGCAGAGCUCGAGGAAGACUUUGAGAAGAUGGGACGAACCAAACAAGCACAAUUACAGCCGGCAGCGCUACCUCUUCAAGAGCUUGCUGCUCUUCGCUCUGCAGGUUCGACAUCACGCUUUAAGCCGGCCGAGGAACAAUUCAUUGAGCAGACGCCUUGGGCAAACCCUCAACAUCCUUCUCACGCACAUCUGCUUCAACGGCAGACCUCGGCUCAGCAGACACCCCGAACGACCAGCCCCUUUUCUCAGGUUCAAGUUCAGCCUAGACGGCAUUCACAUCAACACGGUUCUGGUGUGCCAAUAUCAGGCACAUUUUCCAAUACUUCUUCAGCUUUACUCCACCAUUCCAAUGGCGUUACAAUGUCGGGCGGUCGCAUUUCCCCACACAAUCAGAAUCCCUUCGGAAACUCCACUCUCUCUCACACCAUCGCGCCCUCUCCGUUAGGCAGCCGACAGACAUCAUUAUCUCCUCAACAGAACCGAAUUCCACCGCCGCUACCUGACCAAGCACCAAAGAGCAACGGGAAUCAGCACUCGCCUCCUCUUGGAAUGUCAGAAAUUCCUCGUGACUUUCCACACGAGGUGAGGCGUGAGCAGCCAGCAGCAAUGAUGACUCGAUUUUGA